AUGGGACGGGCUCCAAUCCUGUACUUGAAGGAAAUCGGCUACCCGAUUGUGGCAGUGUUCGGUAUUCCCGCGACCCUGAUGACAGCUGUGAUCCUGUCCCAGGGAAAGUGCGGUCUCUCCAAAGGAAUCACUCGUUACAUGGUGGCGAUGGCAAUUUCAAACCUGCUGGUAAUAAUCUUCCAUGUGGUGGUACAAGAAAUCCUUGCUUAUUAUUUUCCCUAUUCAUUCGUAACCCAAUCUUCAAUCUGCCCUUCACAUGCCUACCUGAAAAUGGUUACUAUGGAUUACUCUGUCUGGUUAACAAUAUCGUUCACCUUUGACCGUUUCAUCAGCAUAUGCUGUCAGAAGUUGAGACACAGAUAUUGCACCGAGAGAAAUGCAGUUGUUGUAAUUGUGUCCAUUUGUGUGCUCAGCAUUAUAAAGUUCAUCCCCUGCCACUUCAUGUAUGAGCCCAGGUUUAUGAUUGACAAUACAUGGUGGGGUUGCAAGGCCAAGUCGGCCUAUUUUACUUCUGUGGGAUGGAUGGCUUUCUCUUGGGUUAUCAGUCUCUCUAUUGCACUGCUCCCUUUCUUCCUCAUCUUGCUGCUCAAUGGGCUUACCGCCAGGCACAUCCUUGUGACCAGCCGGGUCCGCCGAGCCUUGAAAGGACUGGGCAGUGGCCAGAACCAGAGUGAUGAUGAGAUAGACAAUCGGCAAAAAUCCAUCAUCUUACUCUUCGCUGUGUCUGGCAGUUAUAUACUAUUCUGGAUGACAAUAUCAGUGACUUUUCUGAGUACUCGAAUUGCUGCCAAUGGUUUUGUCCAAAGCUACUCAAAUCCUUCAUACAUCGCCAAUGAGGUUGGAAUGUUCCUCAUGCACAUAGCUACCUCUGUAAACACUUGUGUUUAUGGAAUGACGCAGAGAAAAUUCAGAGAGGAGGUGAAAAAAGUAGUUAAAUAUUCGUUAACUCCAUUUAGUAAAUUAAUUAAGUUGAAGUUACAACUGCCUAGAUCCCAGACCGGAAAAUAA